AUACGAGAGAGGGAGAGAGAGAGAGAGGAAGGGAACAGGGAGACGAGAGAGGAGAGAGGGAGAGAGAGAGCAGGCGUCUGAGGUAAGGCAGACACGGACAAAGGACCAGUCUGCCUGUCUUCGCCUUUUGCAAGCAAUCGGCCAUAGCCAAUCCAGCAGCGCUUCCCCCUCCUCCUCCUCCUCCACCUCCUCCACCCCCUCCUUCUCCUCCUCCUCCUCCUCCCAUUUCGGCGGCGAGUCGCAGCAGAAGCAGCAUCACCUAUCAGUAGCGAUGGCGGCCUCAGUGACGCUCUCCGCAGGGCUGUGUUCCCCGGUCUCCAGUGCGGCCGUGAGCGGCGCGCGCGUCGCCAGCAAGGCAUCGCCCAAGGCCGUCGCACGGAUGGCCAGCUUUGCCGGGCUGAAGCCCAUGGCUGCCUCGGGCAGCGUCCUGUCUUCCCCCGUCUCAGUGGAGGAGAAGUUCGCUCAGGUUGCGGCUAGCAUCAGGGCAACGAGGAGAGGUGCCAGAGCAGGGGGAGGUGGUGCCCUCGCCGCCACCAACGACGUCGGGGCCGAAAUUUUCAGAAUCAUUCCCAUCAUGUGCGGCAUGACGCUUCUCGGAAUCGCAGUUGGCUUCGUGAUCCUGCGUGUCGAGACGGCCUUGGAAGAGUCGGAGUGAACCCCCCCCUCUCUCUCCCCAUCAACCCUGCCGACCUUAGGCCACUUUCCUGCCUUUCUGCAUUCCCCCCUCCCCCUCACCUCCCUCCCUUCGCUCCCUUCGUUCCUUCCUCUCUCUCUCUCUCUGUCUCUCUCUCUCUCUCUCUCUGUGUGUGUGUGUGUGUGUUCUUUUCUUGUUUUUGGUUGCUCCCGUGUUCCACGACAGUGCCUUGGGGGGGAAAGGCGUCUGUUUUCACAUUCCCGCUGCCGGGGAAAGGCGUUUGUUUUCACAUUCCCGUUCACAUUGCGCACGUCUGCCUAUGAAGCGAAGGCGCUUGUGAAAAAGGCGUUUGUUUUCACAUCCCCACUGCCCUCUCUCGUCUCAUUUGCAGGGGGUUUGUUGUUGACGUCAUCUUGCUGCAGCUGCGUUUUCACAUCCCCGAGGUGGUUGUCGAUGUCGCCUUGCUGAAGCUGCAGCUGCAGCUGCCAGCUGCGAGUGAAAUCGGCCAGCUGUCGCAGACGGUUUGUUGGAGGAGGAAAAGGGAGAGGGAGAGGACAUCAGGAGGUAGGGAAAAAGAAGCCGCCGGUAUAAACUGGGAAUGGGUCGUGGAUUGGUUUACGUCGACUCAAUGACGUUUUCUUCUGGAAAUUAUUUGUGUCAAUUUCGACAGCCAUGAAAGCAACUCGCUGGCAAAAUUGCUC